AUGAGUCCCGAGAUGAGACAAACAGUCCUCGAUGGACAUAACGGCCGAAGGAGUUUACUUGCUAGGGGACAAGUCAAGAAGAAUAAGUAUUGUACAAAAACAUUUCCACCUGCAGCGAACAUGCUCAGAAUGAUGGCCAAUGCAAAAACGCCAGGAGUUGGCUGCGCUGUGGAUUUAUGUCACUAUGAUAAUGACAAGGGCCUUAACGCUAGACACAAAUACUAUGCGGUUGUAUGCUUGUACACGAAACCGCACGUCAAGCUGUGCAAACCGUUCUAUGAAAAAGGUCGCCCAUGCUCGCAUUGUCCAUGUGGUACUAGAUGCCAGAAAAGCACGAAGCUUUGUAAGAAAAUAUGGACUUAA